UCUCUCCCCCUCCUCCUCCUCUCUCUCUCCCUCUCUCUCUCUCUUUUUUCCAGGGGUGUCUUACAUCAGCUUGCAGUCCUGAGAGCUGGCCCUGGAGGAGAGCCGUUUGAGAGAAAGGAUUCUAGCACCGACACUGGCUGAACUGGAUUACCAACUUCUCCGGACAAAUGGUUUGAGGCAGGAAACUCUUCAGAAACAUGAGGAUUUGGUGUCUAUUCGAGAUGAAACGCCUCCGGAAACUCCAACUUCCACCUCUCUUUCUACUCUACCUGUUGGGAGCUGUGAGGACUCAAGUCAACCCAGGUGUGUGCCGGUACCCUCUGGGCAUGUCUGGAGGCCAGAUCCCGGAUGAGGUCAUCUCCGCCUCCAGCCAAUGGUCCGAGUCCACCGCGGCCAGAUACGGCAGGCUGGACUUUGAGGAGGGGGACGGCGCGUGGUGUCCGCAGUUCACGGGGGAGCUGGAGGCCAUGAAGGAGUUCCUCCAGAUCGACCUGCGCUCGCUGCACUUCAUCACGCUGGUGGGCACGCAGGGCCGGCACGCGGGCGGCAUGGGCAACGAGUUCGCCCAGAUGUACAAGAUCAAGUACAGCAGGGACGGCAGCCGCUGGAUCUCCUGGAGGAACCGGCAGGGCAAGCAGGUGAUCGAGGGCAACAGGAACGCCUAUGACACGGUGCUGAGGGACCUGGAGCCUCCCAUCAUCGCUCGCUUCGUGCGCUUCAUGCCCGUCAUAGACCACUCCAUGAACGUCUGCAUGAGGGUGGAGCUCUACGGCUGCGAGUGGUUGGAUGGCCUGGUGUCGUAUAAUGCCCCCGCUGGCCAGCAAAUGACUUUUAACGACGCACAGGUUUACCUCAACGACUCGGUUUACGACGGGGCUGUAGGCUACAGUAUGACGGAGGGCCUGGGCCAGCUGACAGACGGCCAGAGCGGCCUGGAUGACUUCACCCACAGCCACGUCUACAACGCGCGGCCCGGCUACGACUACGUGGGCUGGACCAACGAGAGCUUCCCCAACGGCUACGUGGAGAUCAUGUUUGAGUUCGACCGCGCACGCAACUUCACCACCAUGAAGGUGCACUGCAACAACAUGUUCAGGUGGCACGUGAAGACCUUCCAGAAGGUGGUGUGCUACUUCCGCUCCGAGUCCGACUGGGAGUCCAGUCCCGUGUCCUUCAGCCCCGUCAUGGACGACGUCAACCCCAGCGCGCGCUUCGUCACCGUGUCCCUCCUCAACCACAUGGCCAGCGCCAUCAAAUGCCAUUACUACUUCUCUGACGUCUGGAUGAUGUUCAGCGAGAUCACCUUCCAGUCAGACACUGCGAUGUACAACACAACUCUGGCUCCUCCUAAACCGGACCCACCCACCAGUACCCAACCAGGGGACGACCCCACUCAUAAAGUAGAUGACAGCAACACGCGGAUUCUGAUUGGUUGCCUGGUGGCCAUCAUCUUCAUCCUGGUGGCCAUCAUCGUCAUCAUCCUGUGGAGACAAGUCUGGCAGAAGAUGCUGGAGAAGGCCUCUCGGAGGAUGCUGGACGAUGAACUAACUGCUAGUCUGUCAAUACAGAGCGAGACGUUCACCUACAGCAACAAUAACAACCCCUCGUCAGCGCCCAGCGAACAGGAGUCCAACUCCACCUACGAGCGCAUCUUUCCCCUGGGGCCUGACUACCAGGAGCCCUCGCGUCUCAUCCGCAAGCUGCCCGAGUUCUCCCAAUCCACAGAGGAGGCCGGUGAGUGGGGAAUUGAUGAUGCCUCCACCAGCACUGCAGCAAAAUCUGCUACUGCCAACCUCUCCAACCAGGACGGAGUGCCUCACUACGCCGAGGCUGACGUCGUUAACUUGCAGGGCGUUACCGGGGGCAACACCUAUGCUGUGCCUGCCUUGACGAUGGACCUGUUGUCAGGAAAAGAUGUGGCCGUGGAGGAGUUCCCUCGCAAACUGCUGACCUUCAAAGAGAAGCUGGGAGAGGGCCAGUUUGGAGAGGUUCAUUUGUGUGAAGCAGAGGGCAUGCAGGAGUUUAUGGACCAAGACUUCUCAUUCGACAUCAGUGAAAAGCAGCCUAUACUGGUGGCUGUCAAGAUGCUGAGAGCAGAUGCCAACAAGAAUGCCAGGAACGACUUCCUUAAAGAGAUAAAGAUCAUGUCCCGGUUGAAGGACCCCAACAUCAUCCGGCUGUUGGCCGUGUGCAUCUGCAGCGACCCGCUCUGCAUGAUCACAGAGUACAUGGAGAACGGGGACCUCAACCAGUUCCUCUCUCGCCACGAGCCCGAGGGCCAGAUUGCACUGCUCAGCAACGCCCCCACUGUCAGUUACAGUAACCUGCUGUACAUGGCCACUCAGAUCGCGUCAGGGAUGAAGUAUCUCUCCUCUCUCAACUUCGUCCACCGCGACUUGGCCACGCGCAACUGCCUGGUGGGCAAGAACUACACCAUCAAGAUCGCCGACUUUGGCAUGAGCCGCAACCUGUACAGCGGGGACUACUACCGCAUCCAGGGCCGCGCCGUGCUGCCCAUACGCUGGAUGUCCUGGGAGAGCAUCCUGCUGGGUAAGUUCACCACAGCCAGUGACGUGUGGGCCUUCGGGGUGACACUUUGGGAGACGCUAACCUUCUGCAAGGAGCAGCCGUACUCGCAGCUCUCUGACGAGCAGGUGAUCGAGAACACCGGAGAGUUCUUCAGAGACCAAAAGCGCCAGAUCUACUUACCGCAACCAGCAUUGUGUCCAGACCAACUCUACAAGCUCAUGUUGAGCUGCUGGCGCAGGAACACCAAGGAGCGCCCUUCUUUUCAGGAAAUACAUGGCAUCCUUCUGGAAUGCCAGGAGUAGUUCUGGAAUGGAAUCCCAAAAGAAUGCCCCCCACAAGGCACAUCCAGAGACACUAUGUGUGCCCGCAGGACUCCAAAAGCCAAACCAUACAAAUGAACAAAGAGAAACACACACACACACACAUACACACACACACACACACACACACACACACACACACACACACACACACACACACACACACACACACACA